AUGGAGUCUUGGAACCCGGGGAGAAAUAUGAUUGACACGGUCAGCGCUGUGGAUGAGCCCGGGUUUACUGGAGCGCGACGCGGGGACUCCCCGGCCCGUGGGCGGGGCCCCGCCCAGGGCGGGGCGGUGCCAGAAGCUCGUUUAAAAACUCGCGGGGGACCGGACCCAAGAUCGGGGACCCGGCGGCGGCUCCGCGGGGACACAGCGAGGCUGGCGCAGCGCCGAGGCCGGGGCCCUGGGGGCCCCCAGUCCGCGCCCCGGAAUCCCCGAGUGAGCCGGAGUGAGCGCAGCCACUGUCCGUCGCAGACCGUGAAGAAGCUCCUGGAGGAACAGAGGCGCCGCCAGCAGCAGCCUGACGCUGGUGGGGUACCGGGACAGUUCCCGCCUCCCCUGGCGCCGCCCCUGACGCCAUCUGUGAAUGAGGCUGAGGCUGGCCAUACUCACUUCCCAGCACACCAGGAGACUGUGGGUUCUGGACUUGGCAGCCUGGCACCUCCCACGGGCUUUCCAGACUGGGACCCCAACACGCAUGCUGCCUACACGGACAGCCCCUACUCUUACCCUGCUGCUGCUGCUGAAAAUUUCCUGACUUCCGACUUCUACCCACCCUCGGACCCUGGGCGGCCGUGUCCAUUCCCCCUGGGGAUGGAGGAACCCCUGGAUACCCGGCUCUAUGCAGAACCGUCCCUGCCACAGGCGGGAUCCUGGAGAGGUUCCGGACUCCCCUCAGGACCCCCACAGUUGCCCCCUGUGGUCACCGGACCAUCGCUGGAUGCAGCCCGUGCUCACAUGCUGGCUUUGGGGCCCCAACAGCUGCUGGCCCAAGAUGAGGAGGGGGACACGCUCCUGCACCUGUUUGCGGCUCGGGGGCUGCGCUGGGCAGCAUAUGCUGCAGCCGAGAUUCUUCAAGUGUACAGACACCUGGACAUUCGCGAGCAUAAGGGCAAGACCCCUCUCCUGGUGGCUGCCGCCGCCAACCAGCCCCUGAUUGUGGAGGAUCUACUGAACCUGGGAGCAGAGCCCAAUGCCGCUGACCACCAGGGGCGUUCUGUCUUGCACGUGGCUGCUACGUAUGGGCUCCCAGGAGUCCUCUCGGCUGUGAUUAACUCAGGGGUUCGCGUUGACCUAGAAGCCAGAGACUUCGAGGGCCUCACACCGCUCCACACAGCCAUCCUGGCCCUCAACGUUGCUAUGCACCCACCCGACCUGUGUCCCCGGGUGCUGAGUACCCAGGCCCGAGACAGGCUGGCCUGUGUCCAGAUGUUGCUGCACAUGGGUGCUGAUCACACCAGCCAGGAGAUCAAGAGCAACAAGACAGUUCUGCACUUGGCCGUGCAGGCCGCCAACCCUACCCUGGUUCAGCUGUUGCUGGAGCUGCCACGGGGAGACCUGCGGGCUUUUGUCAACAUGAAGGCCCAUGGGAACACAGCGCUCCACAUGGCGGCUGCCCUGCCCCCUGGGCCGCCCCAGGAAGCCAUCGUCCGGCGCCUGCUGGCAGCUGGGGCAGAUCCAACCCUGCGCAACCUGGAGAACGAGCAGCCUGUCCACCUGCUGCGGCCCGGGCCGGGCCCCGAGGGGCUCCGGCAGCUACUGAAGAGGAGCCGUGUGGCACCCCCAGGCCUGUCCUCUUAGGACUCAAACCCAGAACCUGGACUGAUUUUCCAGUCCCCACCGUCCUGUGGGACAGCCAGCGUAUGCGAAUGUUGCAAAUCCGUGAUAAUGUAUGUGGAAUGUCCUGCCAUUGGGGUCUUACAUUAAAACCCCAAAAUGGCUGCUGGGGGGUAAACAGGCCCCAAUAUUUGGGGUGUUGUAAUACCCCUCCCCCACCUGCAAGGAGCCCUCUUGAUGAUUUCUGUGAAAUCGAGGCCCCUUGAUUGUUUCUGUGAAACACUCUGGACCCCUAACCCUUUCCCCACCGGGAUCUUUUAGGGUCCCCUCCUCUAACUUAGCUCGUCAUACCUGGAGCCCCAGAUGUAAUUCCCCUCCAUGGUACUUGGGGCAUCUCAAAACAUCUCCCAGUAGCAUCCAAGUAGACCCCCCAGUCUCCCCAGGACCCACCCCCUGCAGGUCCUUAACUCUGAGACGUAGGAAGGACUGUCCUAGCUGAGAGUCCCAGGUUCUCCUGCUUUCUAAUUCAGGGCCCACCCUGUCCCAGACCUCAGCAUUCCAGUGAACCCCUCCCCUGUCUGAAACUCCCUAUUAAACUCAGUUUGGACUAGAACUGUCAUCUGGUCUCUGGGGGCAUUGGUGCAGGGGAGUGGCUGGUGCCUGGCUGAGGAGUCAGGUUCAGAUGAAUGUGCCUGGGUGGGACGCGUAGCAGACACUGUGGGUGCCACCCUGUCGACACCUGGUGUUCUGACGGCUGAGGCCAGCGAGGGAAUCUUUGUUUGUGGCUCUGCCCUGGGUAUGAGUGUGCAAACCUUGAAUGCCAGGGAGUUCCUGCCACUUCCCCCUCCCGCAGCCCCCUACCAGGGACUGACAAGAUGGUGUAUAAACACCCUGGGUCCCUCACCUCUCCGUGGGAGAACUCGCAAGUGCGUGGUCUGCACUGGCUCUCAAAGUUCCCCUGCAGAAUUAAGCUCCACUUCCCCACAGUGGUUCUCGCUUGAUAACAUACCCUUUCUUGUCUGCUUUCCCUUUUCUGUGUCACUUCCUACCCACCUGACCAAAGUUCUCCACCCCUUCCAAUAGUCUUGUCCUCACAUCCUUGCCUCAGCAUCUGCUUCUGGAGAAACUGAAAGGCAGACAGAAGACCUCCACAAUGCCCCCUUCUCAUACCUGCCCCACAGCCUCUGCUCUGGCCUCCAUCCCAAUCUUGCCACCUCAGACAGCCCUUGACCCACUGUAGCCCCCCACUGCUCAGAGCCUCAUGGACAACAAACCAAGCACACUUCAGGGUGUGUGCUGGUGCCUCUGCCCCAAAAUGUAAGGCUUAAAACAGUCACCACUUAUUUGUUCAUGAUUCUGUGAUCUGGACUGGGCUCAGCUGGGCAGUUCUGCUAUCUUCUUCGGUCGCUCAUGUGUCUGCAGUCAGCUGGAGGCCCGAUCAGGCAGGACGGCUGCACUCACGUGUCUGAUACCUCAGCCGAGACGGCCGGAACUGCUGGAAGUGGGCUGAGCAUCUCUCUCCAUGUGGGUUCUGCAGGAGGGUGGGUGCAUCCCUUCACAGCUGGCUCCCGGAGGGAGUGUUCCAAGAGAAUGAGGCCCUGCUUGCAUCGUGCUUGCUGACCUCCCGUUGGUCAAAAUCAGUCACGUGGCCAAGCCCAGACUUGGUGGGGAAGGGAGCACUACCCAAGGGCAUGAAUUUUGGGAGGUGGAGUUGUUAGGGGCCACCAGUGUAAGUCUCCUGCAUCAGCUGCCCUGUGCCGGCAUGCGUGAGCUCUUCUGUGUACUCACAUAGAGGCAGCUGGCCCGUGAAGAAUUCAUGGAAAUACACUGUAAAUGUCACCUCUUCUAAGAGCUUAAUUGAAAUUCAUCUUACAGUCAA